UGCCAGGUUGGGUGUUUUACAGAUUUCACUCCGUUUCUCGGGAAGCCCGUUUAUAGUCGACAUUUUAGUGCAGUUCUGUUGAGUGAGAGGGUGAUGGCGCUCCAUAACCUGGUGCAGUACGCAACUCUCCCAGUUAAACUCGUUGGCUCGUUUGUGUUAAAUACUUUCAUUACCGUCUAUGGAAACAUCUUCAAAAUUAAAUGGCAUCGGAAAUUCCUAGAGACUCUUGAACUACAUGAUGGCGACAAGUACAUGAAAUGUGUGAAGGAGAACCAUGUUGAGCUGAGGUAUUUCUGGCAGAGGCUGAAGGAGAUGUGGUGGAGCAACCUGCAGGAGGUGAGGAUGGUGGCGCAAGCGGAGGGCGAGGCGCCGAACCCUCCUGUGGUGCCCUUGAGUGACGUGACGAUGAAAUUCCCACUGCUGGACCUGGCCAGGGUAGGGAGGCCACUCGUCCUCAACUUCGGCUCCUGUACCUGACCCCCUUUUAUGGCCAACCUCCAGAAGUUCCAUGAGCUGUGUGCGAAGUACAAGGAGGUGGCCGACUUUGUGUUGGUCUAUAUCAGUGAGGCUCACCCCACUGAUGGCUGGACCAUCUCUGGCAGCAUCUUCCAGCUCCCCUCUCACAGGACACUGGAGGAUCGAACAGCGGCGGCAGGAAUGAUGGUCGCGGCAGAGCACUUGGAGUGCCCGGUGGUGAUGGACAGCCUGGAGGAUCUGGCCAGCAGGGCUUACGGCGCCCUUCCGGAGAGGCUCUACAUCGUGCUGGACGGCAUCAUCGUCUACAAGGGAGGUCCUGGUCCCUGGGGGUACAAGCUGAGGGAAACUGAGUCAUGGCUGAAGGCUUUUAAGGAGAAUCAAGCUGUGUGUUGAAGAGUCCUGCAAGUGUUGAUGUUGAGAAUCCUGCAAGUGUUUUAUCAAAGUCCUACAACAACUCUACUUGCCUCGAGGCAUUGCCCAGACCAAAGACUCAACAUAUCAACCUGAUGAUGGGUUUGUCACAAAGGUGCUGGUUUUCACCAAGUCAGACCCGGAAGAUAUAAGUUGGUCUAGGAAGAGGCUUUGGUCAGAGUAACGCCAUUGUAGGUGUUCUGGGGUCAACACUUCACUAGUGCGUUUACAGGGGCUCGUCAUAUAAACACUCCACAAAUCAUUAUCUUUGAGGUAUUUGUUUUAAUACUGUUUUAAUUUCAUUCCAUAGUAUGUUUGCUAUUGCUAGUUUCCAUGUGUUCAAUGUAAACAAACACAGGCCUUACUGCAUAAAACCUGACGAGCCCGUUAAUGCACUAUCCCCUUUCUAUGCUAACCUGACCCGUAAGCCACACCCUUCAUCUAUAGCGACAAAUAGCUGAUUGGUUCCCCUGAGCAUUUUACCUCCCCCCAGACUGCACAUAUAUAAGUGCUUAUUUAUAUCAACCCUUCAUGAUAACUAUUUAAAAUUUUCUAACAUCCUCUCUGAAGUGCUACUGCCUUGAAAUCAUUUGCUUACCAAUUGUGAACACAUUUAGUUUGAAUUUUCUAUGAACCAAUCAGUAUAGAAGAGGGGCAUGGCUUAUGGGGACUGUACAUAAGAAAUACUUAUUUUACAGAGGGAGAGAGAUCAACUUUGGGAUAGUUAGAACAGAAAUAAUUCUUAAUUGUCUUAAACAUAAUGAUAAUGAAAUUUAUAAUGAUAAUUAUUUACUAAACAUAAUGCAUUCUUUAUUAGAAACAUAAUACCUAAUUUGUAGUAUACUUUUGAGUUGUUAAUAAAAAUUAAUUAAUGA